AUGCAAAAGCACUCGAUACUUUUUCGAAGACCCUUACCUCCAAAACUGCCUAAGCUGCCCUUACAGAAGAAGAAAGCCCAUACAGCCAAGACCAUUGAAAUUGAACUACCAGAAGUAGAGGUCACUUAUGAUGAAACCACUUUGGUUAAAGAAGUUGCAACUAUUAUUCCUGAGGUUGCUUCAAGAAGUCAAUCACUAACCCCUAUCAAUACCCAAAACCUCUUUCUUGAUUAUGAUAUACAAGAAAAAGUGACCCUUCUAAAACCUAUUCCAAUACAGAGAAAAUAUCUUCAGGAUGUUUGUGUGCAAAUUCCAGAUUCUGCUCGUGGUUCCAUGUUUCUUCCAAGUUGUCAUUCGGCUUCAGCUCGAGUUUUUGGGAAAAAAUUAAGUCAAAUGGAAACAUUAAGGACGUCAAAGAAAUAUCCAUCCAAAUUAAAAAGGAUUUAUAUUGAUAGAAGACUUAAAAACAUCUUAAUUCUUAGGUCAAAGUUCUCCAAACCUUUAAGUGCACCUUGCCCAAUUACCACUACCAAAGUCAAGGAUAUACAAGCUGAAUGUCAACAAAAGAGUCUGAAGUAUAGUUCUGAGAUCCCUGUGGUAGAUUUGAGUACAGCAGUGGUAAGCCCUCUACCUAGUGUUACAUCUCCUAGACCAGAAAAACAAUUGUCUGACCGCUUACGACGAGAUACUCCUGUAGUGUUAACUAUUAAUGAAUUUCCUGGUCCCAUUUCCAUGCCAGUACCAGCUUUACCAAGAAAACCUCAAAGACAGUCUACUAUAGAGAAUCUAGUAGCAGAAAAUGAAAAUGUAGAAGUUGUCCCAAAGCAAACAGUGACAAGUGCACCACAAAGUUUCACUAAGACUAGAAAAAGAGAGAGAUUGGAGAUUGAUGGUGUACAUGGUGAGGGUUUUAAGACUAUUUCAGCAACACAAUAUGAAACAAUAAUGGCCAUGACCAGUAUGGCCAUAUUAUACUGUCAAAUAUUUGGAAGAAAUGCACUUAAUCUCAAGGGCUUUUUUAUCUUUACUUGUCCAGAUUUAACACCUUUGGCUUUCCAAUUGAUUUAUCUUAAUUUGUCAUAUAAUGAUAUCUGCUCCUUUCCCUCAGAAGUAUUUUGUCUUAAAAAUUUACAAAUUCUAAAACUGAGAAAUAAUCCUAUCAAAGAAAUCCCAUCUGAAAUUCAGAAACUUAAGUACCUUAGAGUUUUCAACAUGGCCUUUAAUUUGGUUACAUUUCUUCCACCUGGGUUAUUUACCUUGUCCUAUCUUGAGGAACUUGAUGUUUCUUAUAAUGACAUUACUUGUAUUCCAAAUGGAAUCCGGAAACUCAGAUCACUUGAAAAACUGAAUGUGGAUGGGAAUGAUCUGACUUCUUUCCCACCUGGAAUUUUGAAGCUGAAUCUGAAAAAAAUCCAAUUUGAGAAUACUUACACCCAUCCUUAUUUUUGGAAAGAGAAUUCUUUGAAUAGUCCACAGCGCCUCACUCACCUUAUUUCUUUUUUCUUUUUAAAAAAUAAUCUACAUAAAUAUUAUGAAGUGAUCCCAGCAGAAAUUCAGAAGUUAUUAAAAUGCACUUCCCAUUGUGAAUGGUGCCGGGGGCCCAUGUUUGGUGAAGGCUUUUGCAUCAUCCGAUCCUGCGAUGUUUUUGGAGUAACACAGUUUCCUGUUAUGUUUCAUGUCUGUUCUUCUGCAUGCUAUGGACAAGUAAAGCAAAGCACUUAG